AAACGCUCGAAUCUACAUGAGCCUCUGAAUCGUCUCCGAUCUCGCGGCAGGAAUUACCCUCGUCGCUGUUGCCGUCAAGUACUACUCCUGCUGUGCUGCUCCGCCCACGAGAAGCCCUACUACCUACCUAUCCGCCAUCCCUGCUUGGUUCAGACUAUAAUUAUACUCCGACCUUGGCCAAAAUAUUCCUCUGAGCUACACCCUCCUCUGUGGCAACAUCACGCGACAAUACGCAGCUGAGAAAAAAAAGGCAAUACUUUCAAUUCAUCGAGAGUCCAGCCAAUGCGCCCAUAUGCCGUCGCGGUCCCCAUAUAAUUCGUCCCAUCCUCCGACGUCCGACUCCCCGGCUACUCAUAUCACUUCAGCUGCGAUCCCUUUUCGCGCAGAGGGGACCUCUCCUUAUCGAAGUCCGCACGAUGCCCCGGGACUGUCGCCCAUGAGCGGGAACCCGGCUACUUCGCCCCCGCAUCGUCGAGGGCAUUCGCGCUCUAUCAGUCAUCCGUUCCCCUCGCCCUUUGGCGGUAUCGCGAAGAGGCGCAACCGGUCGAUCUCCAAGAAGGAUAACUUCUUGCUGGAUUCCGAUGACGACGAUGAUGUGGUUACGUACCUGCCGGAUCCUAACUCUGCCAGUCCUCGCAAAGGACACCCGCGUCCAACGCCGGGCGAGGAGAUGACUUCGGGGAAAUGCAUGGUUUGCAACAGCACGGUCCGAUGGCCGCGGAAUCUCAAGGUGUUUCGAUGUACGGAAUGUUUGACCGUCAAUGAUCUGGAGCCGUAUGUAGACUCGGGCAAGGCUAGCGGUCCGGGGAACGAUGGGAAACCAUCUCCGACUGUGCUUCCUAGAAAAGCUAUUCCGCUGUCGGUUGAGCGAACAAAAGCAAUCGUAGACGAAUGCCUCUCAAAGUACCUCAGGCAGCUCCUGAAUGUGCCGGAACAGCCAUCGCCAGAGAAGCUUGGUGGCAAGCGCUUGGAUGUUGCGCAGGAUGAGAAUCUGUCUCACUCGCCGAGUCAUUCGUCUGGGUACUUAUCUGAACCUCGGCAACCGGUGGACCCGCGGGGCCGUAGUUCUUCUACGUCCAACAAGACCGGAAAGCCGGAGGGAAUGGGCGGGAUUCCGAAUUAUUCGAAGCCCAGUCUGGCCCCUUUGCAUGCUCAUGGGGAAGGGAAAGGCUCUCAGAUGAGGAACCGGGACGCUCAGAACACGCCGCGGCGCGAUCGCUCGCCCCGGCACGCUGCGCGACCGAGCGGUCCCGAGGCUAAGAACCCCACCAGUCGCCCGUAUAUUUUCAGAUCGCUCGAGGAAUAUAUAAUCAUAUCGUUCAAAGGCAGCGACUGCCUGAACAAAUCAUUUACUACGGUGCAACCUGCAUCACAGUCCGCUGAGAACAGCAGCCCACCCAAGCAAAAGGCGGAGCCGAGUUCUGCACAGGCGUCCGCCCAGGUGGUAUUCGAGCCGGAUCCGAAGCUGCUGCUUCUCGGCGACAUCGCAGAAAACUCCUCUUGGUGGAUGAACGAAGUGGAGCAGAUCAGUAGUACCCAUCCCUCCCGUGCGAAAGAGCGUCGAGACAAGACCUCGAGCUCGUCCCGGGCCGUUUCCUCCAGGAGCCCGCGUAUCAAUUGGCCUGAGCUUGCGCAAUGGCAUCAAGUGAUCAUGACGGCUGGAGCCUCAUGGGUGGAGCUGUGGUCUACGAUGAAGCCGUGCGAGAUGCGGAAGGACGAGGACGUCCUUGUAGCUCAAAAGUGGGACACCGUCGAUCUGGCCAUGGUCGAGAGAGAAAUCACCGAGUCCCGCUUGCACCUGCACAGAACGCUCCUCAAAGCCACCGAGACGCUUUUGAAACGGCCCAGACGGCCUCUGAAAAAGCCAGAGGACAUCAGGUUCUUGCUGAUGCUACUGACCAACCCAUUGCUUCAUCCGUCUAGCCCGUCCCUGGCAUCUCACCUGGCCCCAUCGGCGGCCCGCGGUGACCGGAGGCCUUCGCAUCCAAAGGAUGGCAAUCCUAGACCGGCACCCCGCGAUCUGAAGCCGCCUCCGAAACAUCGCAGCGGAGGCCCGGGGCAUCAUUCCGGCAUCGUCAAGCGGAUAUUGGGGCUACUUGCCAACCUCCCGAACGACUGCCAUCACUACCUCGUCUCCUGGUUCUCGCGCUUUUCGGCCGGGCAGUUCGAGAAGAUCGUUGAGCUUGUCGGUAGCUUUGUCACGUAUCGCCUAACGCGUCAGCAUGGGCGGAAGCGCAGCGACUCAGCUCAGCACGACGACGGGCUGGUCCCCAGCUUCUCCAGCGCCGCUGGCACCACCCCUGCGGAGUUGCACGCUGCCAUCAAUGGCAGGAGCCCCAGCAAAGCGAAUGAGAAGGUUGACAAGCCAGUGGUCUACACCGAUGACUGGCAGGUCCGAGCGGCAGCCCGCGUGAUGUCGUUGCUCUUCACGGCCAACAAUGCGAGCGUUUCUCGCAAACCGGACAGCGCGUUUGGGCAAGACGCGGGUUCCGCCGCGAGACACCAGGCGAACCGGCGUGGCCAUAUGGUCCCCACCAGCUCCUUCUACAAUACGCUGCUGGACUAUUCGGACCUGGUGGCCGACUUCGAGGCCUGGGAAUCCAAGACGACGAAGUUCUCGUUCUGCCAAUAUCCGUUCUUCCUCAGCAUCUGGGCCAAGAUCCAUGUCCUGGAGCAUGACGCGCGCCGUCAGAUGGAAGUCAAAGCACGUGAGGCGUUUUUCAACAGUAUCAUGAGCCGAAAGGCGAUCAGCCAAUAUCUCAUGCUGAAGGUCCGGCGCGACUGCUUGGUCGAAGACAGUCUCCGCGGCGUCAGCGAGGUGGUUGGCUCAAGCCAGGAGGAGAUCAAGAAGGGGUUGCGGAUCGAGUUUGUUGGCGAGGAGGGUGUCGACGCGGGCGGUCUGCGCAAGGAAUGGUUUUUGCUCCUUGUUCGGGAGGUUUUCGAUCCUCACCACGGACUGUUCAUCUAUGACGAAGACUCCCAGUACUGCUAUUUCAACCCGUACUGCUUCGAGUCGUCGGAGCAAUUCUUCCUGGUCGGAGUCCUCCUGGGACUGGCCAUCUACAACUCGACCAUCCUCGACGUUGCUCUGCCGCCGUUUGCAUUCAAGAAACUGCUGGCGGCUGGGCCGCAGUCGUCGAUCAGCCGGCCCACGUACAAGUGCUCCCUGGAUGACCUGGCGGAGUUCCGACCGGUGCUCGCCAAGGGUCUUCGGGCUUUGUUGGAGUUCGACGGGGACGUGACGGAGACGUUCUGCUACGACUUUGUGGCACAGGUGGAUCGGUAUGGGGAGGUGGUGCCGGUGCCUCUCUGCGCCGGGGGCGAGAAACGACCGGUGACGAACGCCAACCGACGGGAGUUUGUCGACCUGUACGUGCACUACCUGCUGGACACGGCGAUCACGCGGCAGUUCGAGCCGUUCAAACGGGGGUUCUUCACGGUGUGCGGGGGCAAUGCGCUGUCUCUGUUCCGGCCGGAGGAGAUCGAGCUGCUGGUGCGCGGGUCGGACGAGGCGCUGGACGUGGCGUCUCUGCGGGCAGUGGCGACGUAUGACAACUGGGGGAACGCGCGGCCGGAGACGGAGCCGGUGGUGCGGUGGUUCUGGGAGUUCUUCGAGCAGACGCAGCCGCAGGCGCAGCGCAAGAUCCUGUCGUUUGUGACGGGGUCGGAUCGGAUCCCGGCGAUGGGGGCGACGAGCCUGUCGAUCCGGCUGGCGUGCCUGGGCGACGACACGAGCCGGUUCCCGACGGCGCGGACGUGCUUCAACCAGCUGGGGCUGUAUCGGUACGAGACGCGGGCGAAGCUGGAGCGGAUGCUGGGGGAUGCGGUGCUGAACAGCGAAGGGUUUGGGUUGAAGUAACAGGAGCAGGCCUCCUCGCCUCCUCCCUCUCGGCUGAGCUAUUUCCAGGGUUUACGCGGGGAAGAUCGUAUGCGGGGACGAUCUGAUUGGCGUCUUGGGCAUUCUGAUUCUGAUUCUGCAUUCUAGGCACAGGCAAGGCAUGGCAUGGCAUUCUACUCCGUAGUGAAGUAGGUAUUAUCGGCAAUAG